GUAACGUUGGUUACUGAAGUUAAAUAAACGCUUCGAACACGGUCACAGUAUAUAUAUUAGCAUAUGAUAACAAACUAUUCAUUCACAAAAUAUUUCGAAGCGUCAGUGUUUUGAAAACGCCCAUUACAGGCUGUGUCCAAAAUCGCCCCUUCUGCGCUUAUAUUGAACACUAUUUGAGAGGACAGCCAUUUGUAGUAAACCAUAGUUUUAUCGAGUGCCAUAGCGCGUUCCAAAAAACGAGUGUACAGCCGAUGUUUGAUGAUAGCUUUUAGAGCUCCUUGGUUUGUCCCUUCACAGCCCCCAUAGAAGAAAAACAAAUAUGGCAGCCUCCUUGUUGUCUCAAGCCAUUAAAAGAUGUUCAGCACACACCUGUGCUGCUGCUGCUGUCAGGAGGGCUUUGAGUUCAAGUGCUGCCACUCCAUCUGUCUUCACCAGGUUCUUAUUAAAACUCAGUCAAUACUUCUAUGAUGUGGAGAACGUUUUGAAUUGGAACGACUGGUUGAGGUCUCAAUCCGUCAUACGCAAAAAUAGGUUAUUUGGUUAUGCACAGAAGAAUUUUGGGAAUAAUGUAGCAGCAGCUUAUUAUAUUCUGACUCUCAGAGGGAGCUUCAGAUUUGCUGGUCAGUCUGAAUGGUUUCGUACAGACUCUAGAGGAAAAUUCAGCUAUGACUUCAUGAGCACACCUGACACACAAAUUGUGGAAGUGGAUCUGAGUGGUACCCUUAUAAACCAUAAUGGACUUGAAAACCUUGUGAAACAGACUAAACUUCAGAGUCUCUCUCUGCGAGGAUGUCCUGAAGUAGAUGACUGGUUCCUUGCAUGUCUUCAUGUCUUUGGAGAAAGUCUGGUGGAGUUAGACCUGUCCCACUGCUCUCGUAUCACUGUGGGAGGCCUCGCUGCAUUACAGAACCUCAGAAAGCUACAGCGGCUGGACGUUUCCGGGCUUCCACGGCUGCAGAAUCCCGGUCUGGUACGGAUUCUAUUGGAGGAAAUGCUGCCGCACUGCCAGGUUACUGGAGCUGAAUACGAGCAGGGCCUGAUCCAGCCAGACAGCCAAGAGCAAACAGAAAACCAUCAUGAAGCUUCCACACACACUGGACUUAGACAUCUAUAAACUAUGGGGCUGCUGACAGUGGAGUUUCAGUAUUAUCGUUCAUUACCAUGCCCAAACAUGUUAUUUUAAUAAAGUGCUGUACACAUGUAUAGUCUAUGUUUCUGUUUUCACAGUGUAAAAAAUGUAUUUGAGCAUUGUUUUCAGACACAAUAAAUAUGCACAUUUAAUAUUUAAGUUGUACUUAAAUAUGGUUUAUUAAAUAUAACCUAAACUAUUCUACAAUUAAAAAAAAGAAAAAAAAAAAA